ACCGUCACCUGUCAUUCAUGGGACCGCUGCUGAACAAUUCCUGGGUCAAUCUCCUUCGUCUUCCCCAUUCUUUGUAAUUUGAUCGGCGCGCCACUCGGGGGCAACUUUCCGCUGUAAAGGAGCAGAACCAACUGCAACGAACCAUUCCGAUUCGAAAUUCUUCCAUAGGUUUUCUUUCUUCUGUGGAAUAAUGGAUUUCGCCACUUUAUCCACUUUGAAUCCUGAACAGCUGACUGUAUUAGGAUCUGGAUUCUGCGUGAUGUUGACAAUGCAUUACACUGUGCAGUUAUUAUCUCAGCAUCUCUUUUACUGGAAGAACCCUAAGGAGCAAAAGGCCAUAGUAAUUAUUAUAUUAAUGGCUCCCUUAUAUGCAGUUGACUCAUUUGUGGGUUUGCUACAUAUCAAGGGGAGCAAGGAAUUCUUCAUGUUCUUAGACUCUGUUAAGGAAUGUUAUGAAGCUUUGGUAAUUGCUAAGUUCUUGGCUUUGAUGUAUAGUUAUCUGAAUAUAUCGAUGAGCAACAAUAUUAUACCGGAUGAAAUCAAAGGAAGAGAGAUUCAUCAUUCGUUUCCAAUAACACUAUUUCAGCCUCAAACUGUCCGUUUGGACCAUCGACAACUAUUACUUCUCAAGCAUUGGACAUGGCAAUUUGUUGUCAUCCGCCCUGUUUGCUCUAUUUUGAUGAUAACACUGCAACUAUUGAGAAUGUAUCCUAGCUGGUUAAGAUGGACGGUUACCAUCAUCCUUAACAUUUCAGUUUCUCUGGCAAUGUACUCUCUGGUUGUCUUCUACCAUGUUUUCGCCAAGGAGCUUAAACCACACAAUCCAUUGGCCAAGUUCAUGUGCAUUAAAGGGAUUGUAUUCUUCUCCUAUUGGCAGGGUGUGGUGCUAGAUAUACUUGUUGCACUGGGCAUUAUUGGGUCAACCCACAUCUGGUUAGACGUUGAGCAAGUCGAAGAGGCGUUCCAGAAUGUGUUGAUAUGUUUAGAGAUGAUUGUGUUCUCUGUUUUUCAGCAGUAUGCCUUCCAUGUUGAACCUUACAGUGGAGAAGUUGAAAGAAUACUGAAAAUGAAAAAGAACGAUUAACGUUGGAAGUCGGUUUGAUGAAAAUCUUUGACAGAGAAAUGAGUUGAAGUUAGUAUUUGAUGAGUGUUCUAUGUCUGAACGGUAUUUAUGAACCUUGUGGAAGAUCUGUUCCUUGCUCACUUUCAGUCUGGUUGUCUUCAACAGAAGUUGAAAAAUGUAUACUCAAGGAAAGCAGAAUCGAGACUUAGACAAUUCUUGAAUACGUGGAAAUGGCCCCUGAACCAUUUGUGGCCACCUAUCGGUGUUAAGAAUCACGACUCUCCAUAGUGAUAUGAUAUUAUUUACUUUUAGCAUAAGCUUUUCUGAC